AGGAUGUAUACAGAUGGCUGAGAUUGCUGCCUCCCUCCUCUCUGUCUCUUGCUCGCUCGCUCUCCCCGCUGCAGUCCACCCUGUGCUGUCCAGCAGUCAGCAGUUUGUUUAUGGGACAAGCUAAUCUUCCCGCCUUUCAAGUGGGAGCCAGCAAGGGAACGAGAGAGAGAGAGAAAGAGGGAGGGAGAAAGAGAGAGAGAGAAGUGCAAGAGUGUGAAAGUGAGGCAGGCAGUUGCAGUAGUUGGAAAGGAGGGAGAGAAAGAGAAACACGCUCGGAGCAGCGUAGCCGGUUUUGUGAAUGUGAUUUUGUUUUGAAAGUGUAUUUCUACGUGUUUGCUUGCCUCACUUCCUGAGUGGCCCGUCCGCAUCCUCCGUCCGUCCGUCCUGCAUGACCUGCGUUAAAGCUAGAGGCCGUUGCUGUCCGAUCACACAAGGUGCUAUGCCGGAGCUGCUGCACCUGUAGCCAAGUUUGCACGAGAGGAACGGGGGAGGUGACAGGCAGGAAGGGAGCUGUGGGUCGGUCGGAGCCUCCUCACCCCGGCUCUGCUACACCACCGACUCGAUGGGGGUUCUAGUGUGCUGCGACUGCUUCUUCUAUCGGAAGUCGAAGGCGAAGCCAAAUGGAAAGAAGCCUCCGGCAGAAGAGAAGAAGCAGUACUUGGAGCUGGAGUACACAAAAAUCCGUGUUGUGGACUUUGACCUCAAGGAGCUGGUGGUGCUGCCCAGAGAGAUAGACCUCAACGAAUGGCUAGCCAGCAACACGACAACGUUCUUCAAUCUUAUCAACCUGCAGUACAGCACCAUCUCAGAGUUCUGCACUGGAGAAACCUGUCAAGCCAUGACGGCCUGCAACACAAUAUACUACUGGUAUGACGAGAGGGGGAAGAAGACGAAGUGCACUGCUCCACAAUACGUCGACUUCGUAAUGAGUCUUUGUCAGAAACUGGUCACAGAUGAGGAAAUCUUUCCCACAAAAUAUGGCAAAGAGUUUCCUAACUCCUUUGAGUCCUUGGUGAAGAAGAUCUGCCGAUACCUGUUCCACGUGCUGGCUCAUCUCUACUGGGCGCACUUUAAAGAGACGGUGGCUCUGGACCUGCAGGGCCACUUGAACACUCUGUAUGCACAUUUCAUCAUUUUCGUAAGGGAAUUCAACCUGGUCGACCCCAAGGAGACCUGUAUCAUGGACGACCUGUCCGAAAUCCUCUGCGCCCCCGCCCCGCCACCCGCGCCCACCCCAGCACCUUCAGCCCCAGACUCGGCGCCCUCCCCUUCUUCACAAAACCAUGUGACGGAGAGAUGAGCGUGGGGGGGGGGGGCGGCGGCGAGACAUCAGCCCCGGGGUGAUUGAAGAUCAGAUAGAGAGAAGGAAAGACAGCCUGGCCCCCUUCCUGGGCGCCAGCAGGACUUAAGAGACCUUCCACUACCCUUAUAUUUCGCUACAACACCAUCCUACCAGCCGGAAGGAAGGAAGGAAGGAAGGAAGGAAGGAGGAGGUGGGGGGGGUUUCGAGGGGUUUGGGGUGGCGGGGAGGGGUUUGUCACGCCAGCAGGAAUUGGCGUGAGCGUUCCUCCCAGGGGCAAAUCCCUCCCAUCUUCUCUGCAGUUUAAACUAGGAACAAAAAGUAUGUGUAUGUUUUAUUUUUUUUGGUUUUAUUUCACUUUAAUUUUGUUGAAGUUUUAUUUUUUGUUGUGGGAGGGGGGUGCAGUGUGUCCCUUCACCUCCCUCUGACCUCUACCUAACAUAAAGUACAGGAAGGGGGCUCUGCUUUGCUUCAACCUACUAUUGUACAGUGCUGUUGAUGUGUGGAGAGAGGGGUCCCCUCCUCCCUGCUGGCGCUGGCCAAUAGGGAGCCACGUUACUGCCUGGCGGGGCGAUACUAGCCAAUCACUGUUUGGGUUGCUUUUGAGUGGGAUGAUUAAAGCGCUUCCUACUCAGGACCUGAGAGAUACGUCACUGCUGCCAGAGAGAAUUUAACUCUUUAUUUCCCCUGUUCUCGGUCCCUUUUCCACCAGACUGCUCAGUCCUUCAUGACAGAUGUUGAUGGUGUUUAACUAUAGUCACAUUGCCCCUAACAAACAUGUCCCAGAGCCCACCUCUAGAGGGCAGCACACAUAAAGAGAAGGUCACAGACACAGGGAGAAUGAAAAAAAUAAAGACUGUAUGUUAGAUAUUUAAUCUGAUCAGAGAGGUGAUGCUUUCAGACUGACUGAGGUUGAGUCAGAGCUGUUUGCUGGUGUUCAGCAUAGCAGAAGCCCCCCCACAAAAAACCUCCACCCGCUCCAGCAGCACAAAAGGACAAAGACAUGAGGUAAUGUCUGCAGGCCCACAGAGGCAGAGAUGGAGACAGACAGAGGGGUGGGAGUGGAUGGUGUGGAGCUGCUCUGCUGUGUAACAGUGACCAGUACCAGUGCAAAAUAACACAAAUCUCCACUUCUGGAUUAUUGUUUGACCUCUCCCCUUUUACAAUUUGCUUUUUAAAAAAGAUUAUCAGAGGAAGAUUAGUUCAGAGAUAAUAACAAUAAUGGUAUCAUUACACAUGUAUAGAAAAUGCACAGUCUGCUUGGACUUUACUGUACAAAGAAUCACAUUCGGGUUCUAUCAGACAUAGCCUCUGUAUGGAGGAGGAUUGGGUUUAUAAUUCUCCUUUUUUAUUUAUUUUAUUUUUUAUUUUUUUUGCAGGGUUCUUCAGUUUUGGCUCUCGUUUUUAUGUAUUUUAAUUAUUAACUAAGUUAAAAGCAAUUUAAUAUUUUAAGCUCUGCGGAUUAUAAUCUAAUAAAAGAGAGAAAUGCCA